UUUUUAAAAAUAUUUUUAAAAUGGUUCAAACUUAUCAAAGUCCAGUACGUGUCUACAAAUUUCCUUUUGAGUUGAGAUUUCCAACAUGUCCACAAAUUCCUAUUUUUGUCGGUUCUGAGAUUACUUAUGAAUGGAAAGCUGAAGAUGGUGGUGAAGAAAUUAUAGAACGUAAAUGUCAACUUAAUGUAGAAGCUCCUUAUCUUGUCAAAAAGAUUGCGGGUGUAGAUUAUGUUUAUUUUAAACAAAGGAAUCAUUUAAAUUUGCGUGCUAGAACUUUGCUUAUUGAGGCUUCAAACAUUUCUUUUGCUAAUCGUAUUGUUGUUAUUGAAAAUUGCCGAUAUUACGUUCACACAGAAAAUCCAGAAUGGACAUGCUUUGAACAAAAUUCAAGCCUUGAUGUAAAAUCAUUUUUUGGGCUGGAAUCGGCAAUUGAAAAACUUGCUGUUAAACAAUAUAGUGCUAAUAUUGCUAAGGGAAAAGAAGUACUCGAAUUUUUUAUUGACGAAUUGAUUAAGAAUGGAGUUACACAUGUACCGAUAUGGAAGGGUGAAGAGAAAGAGGACACAAAUGCCGAUAAUCCUUCUGAUGAAACUGGAAAAAUUGAUUUAGUAAAAACUCCUGACAGGAGUUCUCCGCCGACGACACCUCCAGCCAGCAGUAGUGGUUUUGGAGGCUCUUGUUCAACUACAUUAACUGCAAAUGCUGUUAUAAACGAACUAAAUUCUGAACCUUUAUCAGGCACGGCAGAGGAAAAACUUUCACGUGAAGAACUGAAACGGAGGCGUUCAAGUGGAUUAGGAGGAAGUGGAAAACAAAAAUCUUCUGGGACAGCAAAUGGUGUUUUAUCCGCUGCUUCUGUUACGCAACAAUUGGGAAAACUGCGUGUUAAUCCUGCUCAACCUGAUGCUGCAGGUCGGGCUACUAGUUUUGAUGAUUUGGAUUCUAAAUUGGAAGGUGAAUAUAUUCAACGUUUUUUGGGUCAACUCACACCUUUGGAAGAAAGCCGUCUUUGUGAGUUGUAUGUUCUACAAUCAGCACAUAAAGGAAAAAUACCAAAUGAUGCACAUUUGUUGCGUUUUCUUCGUGCACGUGAUUUUGAUGUUCAAAAAGCUAAUCAUAUGAUUGUAAAUUCUCUUCUUUGGCGUAAACAGCAUAAUGUUGACAAAAUUCUACAUGAUUUUGUUCCACCUCCAUUAUUGAUUAAAUAUUUCCCAGGUGGUUGGCAUCACAGCGACAAUCAAGGCCGGCCUCUUUUUAUUUUGCGUUUAGGACAAAUGGAUAUAAAGGGUCUUUUGCGUUCUGUUGGUCUUGAAUCAAUAGUUAAAUUUACUCUUUCAAUUUGCGAGGAAGGACUUUUAAAGACUGCUGAGGCCACAAAACGUUUGGAAAAACCAAUAAGUGCUUGGACACUUCUAGUUGAUCUUGAGGGGUUAAGUAUGCGGCAUUUAUGGCGUCCUGGAGUUCAAUGCCUUUUACGAAUAAUUGAAAUGCUUGAGGCCCACUAUCCAGAAUGUUUAGGAAUGGUUUUAAUUAUACGAGCGCCUCGUGUUUUUCCAACUUUAUGGACUUUAAUUUCUCCCUUUAUUGAUGAAAAUACACGCCAGAAAUUUGUGUUAUAUGCAAGUGAUCAAUUACUACAAGAAUUGCAACGUUACAUACCUGAAGAUUAUUUGCCUGAUUUUCUUGGUGGGAAAUGUAAAUUUGACUGCGCUGCAAUAACAGAACCUCCUUGGAUGGUUCCAAAAUCAGAAUAUUUACCAAUUCCUGGAGGAGAAUUGCUACGCGAAACAAAUGAUAUUCUUACAAAUACUUAUACACAAGUUGUGGUUAAUCGAGGUUCUCCAUAUGAGGUUUGUGUUUGGGUUCAGCAAGCUGGUUCUGUGCUUACUUGGGAUUUUGACAUUAUUAAGGGCGAAUGUGAAUUUGUUAUUUACUACUCCGAAAAGAAAAUUUCUUCAAAAACUCCUCUCUCUGGCCAUUCAGCUACAGCAGCAGGAGCAGUUUCAUCAACGCCAACAACAACUGCUACUACUCCUGGUCCAUUGGAUCGAGUUGUUGACACUGUUACAAGUGAACUGUCUAAUUUACUUUCUCCUUCUACAAUUCCGCAUUUUCAUGCAAUUGAAUGUGAACCAGAAUUUCGUGUUGGUACUGAACUUACAAUUAUUGGGAAUCCAUUAGAUUUUAAAGAAACGGAUUCAAUGCAAGGCACAACUUAUUGUGAUAAAGGAGGUACUUAUAUUCUUCAAUGGCGACAUCCUGGCGAAUUUGUAGCAGCUGUUUCAACAGAAACUAGCAGCAAAAAAGAAUCCUCACAUAUUGGAGACGGUUCAAGUUCUCAUGUUCCAUCUACGACUCAUCAACAACAACAAAAAACUUCCACUUCUGGACCAACACAUAAAUGUCGUCUUAUGGUAUAUUAUGAGCUGCUGAACUCUAAGGAUUUUAAAGGAAGUGUUGCCUCUUUAGAAUCUUGCCGUUCUUCUUUUAAUUCACUCGUUGCUGCUGCCGCUAUUUCUACUGAUAUUACUGCUGCUACCUCUUCAGCUUCACCACCACUUCAUAAUUCUGAACUUAAAUUGAAACAAGAACAACAAAACAAGAAAGAUUCCAAUGCUUCUAUCGAAGAAGAUUAUUCAACUGCAACUGAAAAAACUCCAAAAAGUUGA